GCCUUUGCCUUUGGCACCCGGCGCGCGUCCCGUCUCCCACGCCCGCACCCGCACCACCGCCCACCACCACCACGCCACGGCAGCCGCACCGCACCGCACCGCACCACCAUCCUUCCUAGGAAAACCCCACCCACCCUCACCCUCCAGUUCCACCGUCGUCUCCACUCUCGCCCUCCUCACGUCACCCCCACCCCCACCACCACCACUCUCCCACCUCGGCCGGCGCCACCUCCCCACCCCAGCCCUCGCCGUCGUGCCCAGGCGGCGGGCCCUGAUCCGCGAGCCUCCCCGGUUGUUGGGGGCUGGGGGUGCAUCGAUCCAGUUCCGUAUCUAGUGGACCCUUCUCUGUCGAGGUACUAAAAUGUCCUUUCUAUUCAAGUCAAGCAAUGGUGCUACAACAGAGAAAAACUUGACCCUAGAAGAGCAGCAGGAGAAGAUAAAUGACUUGCGUAAGGAGCUUGGUGAACACUCAUCAGAAGAAAUACAAGAUUUCCUUUCAGAUGCCUCGUGCCUGAGAUUUCUUCGAGCAAGAAACUGGAACGUGCAGAAAGCAAGUAAAAUGAUGAAGUCAGCUGUAAAGUGGCGGGUGUCAUAUAUGCCACAAAAGAUUAACUGGGAUGAUGUUGCACAUGAAGCAGAGACAGGAAAGAUAUAUAGGGCUGACUACAAGGACAAACAUGGAAGAACUGUUCUUGUCCUGAGGCCAGGCUUAGAGAACACUACUUCAGGAAAGGGACAGAUCAAAUAUCUUGUUUACUGUCUGGAGAAAGCAAUUAUGAGCCUGACGGAAGAUCAAGAGAAGAUGGUCUGGCUGACAGACUUCCAGAGUUGGACAUUGGGGAGCACACCGCUGAAAGUGACCCGAGAGACUGUGAACGUCUUGCAAGACUGUUACCCUGAGAGGCUUGGGUUAGCAAUCCUUUACAAUCCUCCUAGGAUAUUUGAGUCCUUCUGGAAGAUAGUGAAGCCAUUUUUGGACCAUGAGACCUACAAGAAGGUGAAAUUUGUGUACUCCAGCGAUAAAGAGAGCCAGAAGAUAAUGGCUGACGUCUUUGACUUGGACAAGCUCGACUCAGCAUUCGGAGGAAGGAAUCCAGCUACCUUCGAAUACAAUAGCUAUGCUGAGCGUAUGAGAGCCGAUGACAUUAAGAUGGGUUCUUCAUUCAAAUCAAACGGCAUCACCCUGCCUCAGGACCAUUCACAUGUAUCCGCUGACAAGGAGGCUAAUGGUGGCGGUUCGGACGCCUCAAGUGAGGCCUCCUUCUAUAGUGGAACUGAUUCCCCGAAUCACGAAGAGGGAGGUAGCAUACUGGCUUGAGAGCUCCUCCCUCUUCGUGCUUAGCUGAGUUGAACUGCUUGCUUGCUCCAGUCAUGGGUUGGGAAUAUCGGAUAGGUCAAUAUAUACAGUUAGCUAACUAGGAUGGAACGUUUGGACCAUCGGCUGUGAUGCAUUGACAUCUUCCUGAAAUAUAAAUGAGAAAAUUCUGAUGGAUAAAUUCGGUCGGGGCAUUUCUUUGCUGCUGGCCCGGCGGAAAAAAAAUUCUGAUGGAUACCCUGUGGCAUUCCUCCAUAAUAAAUAAUUUGAUGUGCCGUGUACUUGUAUGCGUUCAA